ACGUGCUCCGCCAUGGCAAAGAGAUUUGCCUCCUCGGCCUCCCCAGACCUGGUAGCAAGCAAAUCGCCCAGGAUGUCCUUCCCAUCACCCGAGUCAGCUUUUGCCGGUUCAUCUAACCCAGCGGAUGGUAUCUCGGAUGAGAUGCAUGCGAGUUGGGACGCGAGAGUCCUUCAGGAUCGAACUAUACAACUGAUCUGGGAUCAGAGGCAGGACGUGAAUCAGUUGCCGGGCCUUUGGAUGCAACUACUGCUGUCCUAUCUGGUGGGGAAAGUUGCAUCUGACCUGUCGGAAUAUCAAGAUACCAGCAGCGUCGUUUUUGCGAAGUAUUCGGAAGAUCCGGAGAUUCAAAGACUUGCUGAGGCUGGUCUGGAGAACCGCUCAUUCAAGGACCUCCGCCUGAAGCUUAGGGAAAUGUCUCGAUCUACCGACACGGAUACGUCUGAUUUGCAGCGCAGCGACCCGGAGCAAGUGGCUGCCACAAUUGCAAGCUGGGGAGGCCAGUUUAAGGGCCAAGCUGCAUCUGUGCUGCGCCAGACUAUUGCCAGUUUCCUGCACCCGGGACGUAUGUUAUAUGCCAGAUAUGCUACAAUUGUCAAUUCCUCUGGCACUGGCAAGUCACGAAUGGUCGAUGAACUGGGAAAAGAUGUCAUUGUUAUCUACAUGUGCUUGCGUGAUCAUCGCAGUGAAGGCUUCCCGCCAGCGGAUGCAGACCUGAGAGACUGGCUGCUCAAGAUAUCCAAGGGCGAUGGCCGUGUAGAUGGAUUCCUUUGGGGAUUGCUCACGGUGACUUCCAAAUGCCUGGAAGAUAUCGUAGAUAGAGAAGAUCUGGGGAACCUGCGGGGUGAGCCGCGACUGCGGCGACUUGCUUCUGCUUUUCGUAGCUGCAUGGUGGAUGGGCAGACCUUUAAUUCGGUAAAUGACUACCGCAAAUCAUUUUAUAGUGACGUGAUCAAAGAAGCCACAGAUUUUGCCAAUGCAAGUGUGCCCAUGUUGAAUGGAGCCGGUCAAGGCUCCCCGCGCAGAGGGGCAACAUUGAACGAUGAGGGCCAAACAUCAACAAAGGCUGCACACAGAUUACUGGAGGUUGUUUCCGGUGAAAAGCUACCUCUAUCAAAGCUACCUAGAGGCCUCGUAAAACCUUAUGUGGUCUUAUCUUUCGACGAGGCAUAUGACCUUCCUCAAACGCCACCUAAGCACAGCUGGUCCAUCUUCUCUGAAAUCAGAUGUGCUCUUCGCUCCCUGGAAGGUCUUCCCAUCUUCUCGCUCUUCCUCUCGACGUUGGGGAGAUUUCAAGACUUCUCCCCUGACUCUUAUCAGCACAGAUCUGCUCAAGUCGUGUUGGAGGCACCCGAUUACAAAGUGCUUCCUGCGAUAACUGAGAUUGUGUUCGAUGAACUCGCCCCACAGAUAGUCGAGGGGGAGUAUACACUGGAGAAGGUCACAAAGAUUGACUUCAUGUGUCGUCUAGGUCGCCCUUUAUUCGGUUCCCGCUACGACUUUGGCAGCGCAAAAGUAAAGGACGAAUUGUUGGAUUUCGCAAGAGCAAAGUUGUUGGGUACAUCUGUUUCGGCAACACGCGACAGUGACAAGGGUCUCCUGGCCUGCCUUGCGCUUCGCUACGCGUUUGAAUUCCGGCCCAAGAAUCCUCGUGAGCGGGAAGUGGAGAGCGAGCAAGUCGAGAGGCACAUGCGGAUAUGCCUUGCAGCGACUCCGGGAUUUCAGUCUAUGGUGACCGUGGCUCCAUCGGAACCACUGCUUGCGGAGGCCGCGGGUCAAGAACUGAAGGACCGGAGCGAAGCCCAACUGAUGUCUGAGCACUUGGACGUGUGGGGCGUGCAUCGUGGAGAUCGGGGCGAACUCGCCGCUAUGCUGCUCCUCAUGAAAGCUCGCGAUAUGCUUGCAUAUGGCCCUCGCAACCACUCCCCGGUCUUCUCGGUACUUGAAUUCCUCCAAACGCUAUUGCACGAGUCCGCAAAUAUCGGAGAUGCUCUGCCUUCCACGUCUCGCCAGGAUGAAUGCCUGGACUUCUCUACGACAUUCAAGGACGCUCGCAUGGCCUUCAAUCAUUUCGUCAAGGUUCAAGACUACGACGUGAUCAAUGUUCAAUAUCUGUGGCGCCUGGUUCUUCGUCGUGCUGCUAUCCUGUGUGCAGACAACCAUCGGGGGGUUGACAUCGUCAUCCCAUUCGUGUUCAAGGACGCUCCCAUCGAAGCACAGAACAUCUCCGCUAUACUAAUCCAGGUGAAGAACGACCGGUCGUACUCCCACAAAGUGCAACGGACGACCUUCGUGGGUAUGGAUCCGCGUCGUGUCAGGCUCUUCACGCGCAAGGACUCGCCGUUGCCCGUGAUCCGCAUGGUCUUUUCCCUGGGGUCGUGGAAAGCCGGGCUCACUGUUGUGCAGCCUCCCGAGCGCCGUUCGAGUCGUAUACCUAGCUCACGCCCGUUCACGGCGUACGACAUAUGGUGUGCACAGAUCUCGUCGGACACAUUUGGGGUCAUCAACUCGGAGAAGGGGGAGGAUGUCCGAGCAUAUGAGAGCCUCUUAAGACGUUCCCUCGGGGUGCACGAUGGCUUCGAGCUGAGAGAUGACCCUAAGGCAGAGCCAGCUGUGCGAGAGGCCAGGAUUAAUCUGAGGCGCCGGAUGUAUCCUGGAGCCGCAGCGCUGCCCUCUCAUUUCAAUAGUUUCAUUGAUUGGUCCAAGAGCAUGAGUCAAGUCGAGCAAGAUCAUAGCGACGAGGAUGAGAAACUACCGGCUCGGUAG